AUGCCAACUGCCGGGUCUCAAGGCCCAGCUGAAUUUGACAUGUUACCUGAUGUUCGAAUUGAGGGAAACUGUCAUCCUCCUGUCUUGCUUGAUGGGGAGAUUAUCGAAGAUUGGGCGGAAUUCUCUUUAUACCAUUCUCUUCUCGAUCUGCCACCGGAGAACUUCUCAGGGCCACUGUAUCAGGAUAUGAAAGUCUCAUGCAGCAGGUUUGAUUUCUUGACGAGAUUCACAAGUGCAUCCGGGCUGGACAAAUCAUUCAACUCUGGAACGGUGGUGAAGCUUCCUAGAAGAUUUGAUUCACAUUCACAGUCUAGAAGCUCUCUUAACGAAGAAAUUUCCUGGUUUGAUGUUUUUGGAGAUAUUAAUCUGGCUCCGACAUGUCAGAGUGAAUUUAUUUCACCUUUAGGACAUCAAUGGGAAACUCACCCUUUGGUAUUGAAGACGCUCGAGAUAGUGACUAGAUUGAAAGAGACAGUUGACAACAAGCCAAGGCGGAGUCUGAUUGCUUUCACCUGGUCACCACGAAUUGAAACAAUGUGCUUCGAUUUUUUCUCUCCAGAGAAUCUUUCCAGAUAUCUGGGUGAUUUCUGGACCUAUUGGUAUCCGAACUGCCCUAUCAUUCACAGGCCCUCGUUUGAUGCCAUAAAUGCGUCACCUGUUUUGCUGGCCUCAAUGGCAAUCCUCGGUUCAUGCUUUUCUUCCUCCACGGACAGCCAGAGCGCGAAGCUGUGGUUUGAUUGUGUUGAAGAAAUGGUCUUUGACGAUGAAUCAAUGCAAGAGGAGCACUUGAAUAUAAUAGCAGGUGGGGAUACAUGUGAUCAAAUGAGCUUUGAAAUGUUAAAAGCAGCAUACUUCGUCUGUCUAUUCCAAAAUUGGGAGGGCUCAGGCAAUGCUAAACGACGGAUCAGACGCCAUAGAUUCAGCACGGUCGUUGCAUAUUUAGCAAUGUGCAUGUCAAUAUACCAACUUCAAAACUCCCUGGUUCCUCCCGCCGCGUUUCUAAAUAUUGAACGUGGGAUGGAUCGUUGGAAAGUGGCAUGGGACACAAUGCAAGCCCUCCGUGGUCCCGUUGAGCAACCGGGCGAGAAAUCGAUCCUUGAUGGAAUGUGGAGACGGGAUGGAUUCAUGAAAUGUGCACCUGAAUAUUGGUUGCUGGGUCGUGUCAUCUUGGAGAAGAUACGAUCAAGUCCUUCUACGGAAGGUAGCGGGGCUAUGCGUAUGCUGGACAAGUAUGAUCAGACUGAUAUGGGACAAGUGCAUCACUUGAUUGCGCAGUUUAACGGGAUGUUAAUACAAUUCAAAUGA